GCGUAUCGCGUUGGUAGGUACGUGUUUUUAUUAUCGUCAUCGUCAUCGCCACAAUCAUCAUCAUUAAUCAUUAUCGUCAUCGUCAUCACCGUCAUCGUCGUCGUCGUCGUCAUCGUCGUCGUCGUACGUACUCGGGAGAGCCGUGUACAGGUAUAUACCGAACACUGGCACUUGGCGAGCGGCUUUCACAACCGCUGUAACAGCGCGCACACGCGCACGCACAAGCCGACGGUCGACGUUUCGCGUUUCGCGUUUUUGUGUUUUCUCCGCCGCUGCCGCCGCCGCCGCCGCCGUGCGUGUUUCUCUUUUCCCGUGCCAGUACAGUCGCCGAAUCCGUCGGAAUCUCUCGCGUUGUACGCCGCCCAUACUCGGUGCAGCAGGUACAUUAUUCGUCUUCACCGUCGGUAGUCUGCCACAAUCGCGUUGCCCGUAUCGCGUAAUAUUAUUAUUGUACACACGAAGACGGUUCCGUGCUAUUAUUAUUCCAACUAGCGGCGCGUCUAUAUUAUAUCGAUCAUCGCCUUAUAAUAUUAUAUUUCAUUAUUAUUUAUCGUGUACACGACAUUAUAUUGUUGUAGAUAGAGCCAGCCAGUUGGGUAUUACAAUAAUAUAAUAUAGUCACUAUAAACAAUACGGCCGCCGCGCUCUCUCACUCUCUCUCUCUCUCUACGCCGUCUCUUUCACCCGUUCGCGCCGUCCGUCUGUUCGGGGAGGACCGCAGACAAACGAUAAAUAAUAUUAUAUAGUAUAAAAUCAUAUCUCGAGUGUCCUCGUCGCAAACGAUAUACUAAAUUAUAGUGUUGCAAAUCGUAUAAUAUAACAUACCGAAGUCGUCGGCAAAAUUCGUGGACCGAAAAGACUACCUACUCGAGACGACGUCGCACGCAUCACCGUCGACGAAAACGAUUGCCACUGCAAAAGUAUACACGUACAACAGUAACGAUAACUGUCUGCUACCUUCGAGUUGCGUGUCUUUGCAGUAGAUCUAUAGAUCCAGAUUUAUAGAUAUUUCUACCAGUUCACACAUGUUCGUCUCAUCGCUGCAGCUGCUGGUCGUUGCUAUCGAGGCUUAGAUGUUGCCUCAAUUUACUGCCUUAAGAAAUGCCUGGAUUGAAAGAUAUGUCGAUGCAACAACCAGGAAAUAGUAAUAAAAGAGAUCUAAACGAAAAACCAAUAAUGCCUUACCAUCGAAACAGCGUCAAUUCAAAUGGAUACUCAACAGACGGAGGCCAACAAAGUAUGGCUGGUGAGGAGAGGAAUGGUGAUGAAAAUAAUUCAGCUCCAACUUAUGUAAUUGAACAUUUAGCCACAUUUACGGUUUCAAAAAGUACUGGUAUAGUUUACCCAGCUGAUGGCAUGAGGAGACUAUUGCACCUUGAAAAAUCAAAUGGUAUUUGGUCACAAAAAAUGCAAUUGCGUCUCGAUCAAUCUUGGGUUUUAAUAAUGGAUUUUGAAACUGGUGUUGUAAUGGAAAGAUUUCCAAUUUCAUUAGUAAAAGAACCAACUGCUUUUACGAGUAAUGAUCCAAUGGAAAUUUAUAACAAUAUUCUGGUAUUUGUAGUUGGUCAAGUUGAUUCACGAUCGGAGAUGCACAUAUUUCAAUGUCAAAGCGUACCAGCUCAAGAAUUAGUUGAUGACCUAAAGCUUCUGAGGUCUGGAAAAGGAAUUAAUAGAAAGACAAGACAUGUACCUCCACCUCCUCCAACGCCACCACCGAAUCCACCAUCAAAUGGUGUCAGUGUGCGAGAACAAGUGUCGGUUUUUAAUGCUGUUGCUCAUCAUUCUGAUAAUAUCACUCGAGUUGAUGAUGAAACAAGUUCAACUUCUAGUGAAAAAUAUGAGAGAGAUGUUAUUGUACUGAAUCACUGCUUCGAUGAUAUUGAAAAAUUCAUUGCAAGGUUACAACAUGCUGCUGCUGCAUCUCGAGAACUAGAACGCCGGAGACGGAAUCGAAAAUCUAAAAAGAAGGACAUAGGUGAUGGAAUGCUUACAAUGAGAGCUAAACCACCUCCAGAAAUUGAGUUUAUUGAUAUCUUUCAAAAAUUCAAACUGUCAUUUAAUCUUUUGGCUAAAUUAAAAGCUCACAUACACGACCCAAAUGCUCCAGAACUUGUACAUUUCUUGUUUACUCCAUUGGCAUUGAUUGUUGAUGCCUCUCAUGACACUCAAUAUAAACCAAACAUUCCAUCUAGAGUUGUAUCACCUUUACUCACAAGGGAUGCAAUUAAUCUUUUGAUGAACUGUGUAACCAGUAAAGAAACAGAACUUUGGCAUUCUUUAGGCGAUGCUUGGCUUAUACCAAGAGAGCAAUGGAAAGGCUAUGCGGCACCUUAUCAUCCAAUUUUUAUGGAUGGCUGGUCACCUGAAUAUCCGAUUCCAGUUUCUGAUGAUCAUUUAACCAACGUUCCAACUACCGGUGCAAUUGAAUCAAAGAAAUCACGAGAAGAAAUAAAAAAUUCAAAUCCUGAGGGAGAAUUGCGUGAUACCUUAUAUCACCAUCGUGAUCGAGAACAUGCUGGUGUAGGUGAUGAUAGUAGUGACUAUUUUGAGUACGAACAUGAACAGUCAGCUAUGAUGGGCAUUAGACCACAGUAUACAUUUAAUACUGGUGGUAACUAUUCUGGUCAUCAUCAAGAGCAAUUUGGACCAGAUGAUAGAGAUGAUUCACACAGUUUGGAAGGCGAGUCUGAACCUGAUUUUAAUACACUGUCACUUCAUAGUCCGCCAAGAAUGGAUAAAGAACGUGUAGAUAAUAUGGCUGCACGCAGUGACAUAUCUGCUGAUUCGAUUGAACGUAAUAAUGCAAGUGGACCGGGAAGUGAAAGAUUUGAAAGAGCUCAAGCUAGAUGGCUAGAAGAUAUGAGGGCUCGAGGUGUGAAAAUAGUUCAAGUAACUUAUCCGAGAACAGCAAAUAAUGAUAAGGAACUAUCUGUUGUACGUGGCGAAUUGUUAGAAAUUUUGGACGAUAGUAGAAAAUGGUGGAAAGCCCGAAAUAAUCGUUCACAGGUGGCUCAUGUACCCCAUACCAUUGUUACACCAUUUAAUCCAAUGCUGGACUCAAAUGAUAUAUUUACGAAUCCAGUAUACGCUAAAGGAUAUGAUAAGAGAUCAGCUUCACAAUCACAAAAUUACACACAAGAAUCUAUUAAGAGUGAAUUUGUUGAUCAAAGUAUGAGCUCUGAUCCAUCCAGAAAUACUUCUGUACAACCGUCAGUUCCAGCACCAGCUGAUUGGGUACGAAAAGAACGAAUUGGUAAAAAAGGAGAAUUCCGUUAUUUUUAAUAAAAAGAAAAAUAUGUACAUCAAUAAAUCUUGAUUGAUAUAUUCUAUAUUAUUUUUUUAUUUUUAAAGAGGCCUUUUUUUGUUUUUAUUUGUUAUCAAAUUUGUUUGUGAAUAAUAUACAUCAUAAUAUAAUAAUUUAUAUUGCACAUUCUAGUUGUUUUAAGACAUUUUGAUAAUUUUUAAAACUGUUGAGUUUAUGUUUUUAAUCAAUUUUGUUGUCUUGUAUACAUUAAAAAUUAUUCUUAAAUAUAUUAUAGUUAAUAAAUAAUCCAUUAAAACUUUUAGAAAAUCUAUUAUUCAUUUUUUUGGUACUUUUCAUGUUAAAAACAUUUUAUCUACCUAUAAACCAAAGCCAUAUGUUUUUAAACAUAAGCAUGUAUUAUAGGGUUUUGAUUUUUUAUCUUGAAAAUACAAUACACAAAAUAUAUUAAUUAAUUUUAAGUUAAUUAGAUUCUAAUUGAAAAAGUUAUUGUAUUAUUGAAAAUGUAAAAAGCAUUAUGUACAUCAUUUUUUGUAAAUAACGUACAUCUUUUUUUUUUUUUAAUUUAGUCUAUAAACAUUCUAUAAAAUAUUUAAUUAAUUCAUUAAACAUUAUCAUUAUUCAAUUAUUAAAAUUAUUAUAAAAAUAUAUUUAAAUAUCAUUUAAUCAUUUUUUACUAAUUUUAUUUUAAAGCAAAUUAAAAUUGAUUGUAAACCAUGAAAUUAUUUAAAAAGAAUAUUCUUUUUUAAUAAAAUUAUUAUAUUUUGUAUAAUAUAGCUUUUUACAUAUAUUUCUAACAAAUUUUAUUUACUUAUAUUUGUCGUUUAGUUUUGGGUAUUUAAAUACUUCUGUUAUUUACAUUUAAAUACAAUUUUAAGUCCAAUUUGUUAAAGAUAACACGUAAAUUAAUCAGAUUUUAUUAUUAUAACUAAAUAACUAAUAUAUAAUGAUAUUUAUAGGCUAAAUAUUAAAUUUAGGCAUCAAUAUGUUAGCAAAUUAUUUUAUUAUUAAUAUGCCCACAAAAUAUUAAUUUUUUUCAUUAAAUAUUAAACAUUAAAAAUGUAUAAAAUUACUAAAUAAACAUAAUUAUUAUUUUAGUAUCCAAUUGUACCUACUUAACUUUGUAAUAGUGAAUUAUAUACAUACUUGUUGUUAUUAGAACAAAUUAAAAUGUUUUAUUUUUGUUAUGCAUACAUAUAUUAUACAUAAUAUAUACUUAUUAUAUUAUUUUUAAUUUAAAUACUAUAUAUAUAUAUAUAUAUAUAUAUAUAUAUAUUAACAAGUACCUAUGUCCUAUAUAUUAUAUGUGUAUAUUAUUAUAUAAUAUUAUGUAGGUCAUGGUUAUAACAAACAUUAUGUUAAAUUAGAAAAUUAAGCAUUUUUAACAUUGCAUGGAAAAAAUAUUGAUACAUUUAUUUUGUCAUUUACAUUUUUGAACCAAUCAUUUAUGAAAAUAAUUCAAUAUUGUUUUUUUUUUUUUUAUAAAUAAAAAUACCAAAGAGAUUAAUGUAACUUGUAUAAUGAAGUAAUAAAUGUCAUGGUCUUCUUUUACUAGUGUCAUUAUAUCAUUACAUGUUUAAUAUUUAUAUUAGUAAAACAGACAGAUGAGAACCUAAAUUUUUUUAGGUAUAAUUUUAUAGUUACACUUGCCAAUUAAUUGUUUCUGUCUCCUGUAUAAAUAAUUUUUUUAAGUUUUAUUAAAUGCAUUUCUUUGUACUCAUAGCUGCAUAUAUAUAUAGGUAUAUAUAUUGUAUGUGUAAUAAAAAAUUUCUCAUAAAUAUUAAACCCUCGUUUUUGCUAAU